AUGACUAUGGCGAACAAAAAAAAAGUAAAGGCUUAUGUGAAAAAGAAGCGGACACCAGAAAGUAAAAUAAUUGAGGCACUGCAGUCUAAGUAUAACACUAUAGAUGUUACAAAAACAACAAAAUUCAGAGAUCUCCCCUUAUCGAGGAUUACCUUAAAGGGUUUAACAGAAAACAACUAUGUUGAAAUGACAGACAUCCAGAAGCAAAGCAUCGGCUUAGCCUUGCAAGGCAACGAUAUCUUGGGAGCUGCAAAAACCGGCAGUGGCAAAACACUGGCUUUUCUUAUUCCAAUAUUGGAAAUUUUGUACUGCAAACAAUGGACAAGACUGGAUGGACUAGGCUCACUAAUUAUUACACCUACGAGAGAGCUAGCGUAUCAGAUAUAUGAGACAUUGCGAAAAGUGGGUCAAUAUCAUAGUAUUUCAGCAGGCUUAAUUAUAGGGGGAAAGGACUUAAAAUUUGAGAGGAAACGUAUGGACCAGUGCAAUAUAAUUAUAUGUACACCAGGACGUUUGCUCCAGCAUAUGGAUGAAAAUCCAUUAUUCAAUUGUGUGAAUAUGCAGAUAUUAGUGUUAGAUGAAGCAGAUUGUUGUUUAGACAUGGGUUUUGAGAAAACUAUGAACUCUAUUAUUGAAAAUUUGCCUCCUAAAAGACAGACUUUGCUCUUUUCAGCAACUCAAACAAAAUCUGUGAAAGAUCUAGCAAGGUUAAGUCUGAAAGAUCCAUUGUAUGUAUCUGUGCAUGAACAUUCUACACACACCACACCAGAAGGCCUGCAACAAAGUUACAUCAUAUGUUCCUUGGAAGAUAAGCUAGCGAUGCUGUGGUCUUUUAUAAGAAAUCAUAUGAAGCAGAAAAUUAUUGUGUUCUUUUCCAGCUGUAAACAAGUGAAAUAUGUAUACGAAGCAUUUUGCCGAUUACGGCCAGGCAUUAGUUUAUUAGCUCUUUAUGGUACUCUUCAUCAGCUGAGAAGAAUGAAUAUUUACGAAUCAUUUUGCAAGAAACAACACGCUGUUUUAUUCGCGACUGAUAUUGCUGCUCGCGGAUUAGACUUCCCUACUGUAAAUUGGGUGGUACAAAUGGAUUGUCCGGAAGACGUCAAUGCCUACAUACACAGAGCAGGCAGGACUGCCAGAUUUAAAAGUGGUGGUGAAUCUCUUCUAGUGUUGUUACCAUCCGAAGAAAUGAUAAUCGAGAGACUUAAGCAACGUAAAAUCCCAAUAAAUAUGAUAAAGAUUAAUCCAAACAAAUUGCAAUCGCCGCAUCGUAAGCUGGAAGCUUUAUUAGCGCGAGACGUAACAUUGAAAGAAACAGCUCAGAGAGCCUUUGUAUCAUAUAUCAAAUCAAUUUUCUUAAUGAAGGAUAAAGAAAUCUUCAAUGUGCACGCUUUAAAUACAGAUGAAUUUGCCAAAUCGUUAGGUUUAGCCAUACCUCCGAGAAUCCGAUUCUUACAAAGAAUGCAGAAAAAAAUGUCGAAUAAUGAUGUCAAGACUGAAAAAGAGAUAGAAACUUCAACCAAUUCGGCAGAUAACAGCGAUCAGGAAGAUAGCGGAAAUAACUCUGACAAAAGUGAUAUUUCUAAUAAAAGUGAAAAAAAAAUAACUAAAGAGGAAAAAACUACUGUUCUUCAGAUUAAUAAUAGUGAUGACGAAGACAUAUUAACUAUAAAAAGAAAAAAUAUAGAUAUCGAUGAUAUUCCUAUGACAGAGAAUGAAGAUAAAAAUACUUCGAACAAAAAGAAAUUUAUAACAAAAGUUGCACUCGCUAAGAAGAUUCUCAAAAAGAAGAUUGUACCUAAUAAAAAGACUAUGUUUGAUGAUGAAGGCCAAGAAUUAGUUGAUUCUACCAAAAUAAAAAUGUCAGAAUUAGCACGACAGUACGAGAAUGAAGUCGAUUCUGGAAUUAAUAUCGAGAUGGCAAAGCAAGUCUUACGCGAGGAGGAUCAGUUCGAUAAACAAAGAUACAGAGAAAAGAAUAAAGAAAAACGCAGAGAAAAGAAAAGGAAACUGAAAAUCAACAAGAAAACGGAAACAAAUGAUGAAGAGAACGAAGAUGCAGACGAUGAUUAUGAUACCGAAAGUGAAGCUAGUGAAGGUCCAGAUCUUUCAUGGUUACCUGAUCCAGAUAAAAUAUACGGCAAACAAAAUGGAGACGAAGAAAUAUCAUCUUCUAACGAGUCUGAAGAAGAUCAAAUAUCUGAGGAAGAAAGCAUAACUCACAACCCUUUCAAGAGAAAAUUGAUAACGCAAGAGGAAUACAAAGGGAUUAAGAAGAAACAAAAAGUAUCUAAUAUUGCUUGUCUACAAGCCGAUGAAGAAUUAGCAUUACAAUUAUUACAGAAUUAGUACAAAGUACUUUAGAGAAAUGUAAAUUUUUACAUUUUAUUUAUGAAUGUGGCGAUAUGUACACUUUACAAUAUAAUGAUUACCUUAACAGUAAAGUGUAAUUUUUUUACAUUUUGUGUCAUAGUUUUAAUUCAACUAGAUAAAAUUGUACUAAGGCGGCAUAUGAUUAUUUGUCAGCUUAAUAAAUUAUGAUUAUUUUCUUACGCACAAA